AUGGCCUUCCUCGAAGACCCCCGGCUCCGGCAGCGCUGGAAUCAGAUCUCGCACAACGCCGAAGGCGUAGCAGAAAAUGCCGCCGCUGGAAUUUGGUCCUUUCAACACCGCUACAUCGAACCAUGCUUUGCAGGUGUCAGCAACUCGCUAGACGCGUGCACGGGUCUGUGCCUCGGCGGUGACAGCGAGGAGCGGGCGCGCCAGGCUCGCGAACGGGAGCGAGGCGCCCGUCGCUCUUCAAUAAGGCCAGAGUUUAGCUUCGACUUUUAUGAUGACUGGGACGACGAUGACGAUGCUCUCGCCGGGUAUAACUACUACGGUGGAGCGGGUAGUUCCAGUUCCUCCGGGUAUGGAGAGGGGUCAUCGGCAGGCCGUUCAGGCGGAAUCCUUGGGGCUGAUUGGGAUAGGUUACUCGCCGGGACGGGAUCUGCGAGAAAGCACGGCGGUGGUGCUGCCUCGGUGGGACAGAAUGGUGAGGUGCUAAAUCAGCCACGGCGUAAGAGGUCGAUGAGCUAUGGCACCAGAGGCCAGAAGACACGGCGGAAGAAAAGCGUGCAGGAGGACCCGACGAUAAUACCUAGUACAUCGACUUUCGGGUUCUUAGGCAGGCUGCCCUUCAAGAUUGGCGGUACUUUGAGAUACAAGCCAAGUGCAGCAAACUUACAAGACCACCCGGGAGCAGAUCGUCAACCGGGCCAAGGCAGCGAGCAUGAACCAUUGUUGGGGGCAGAAGAUGAUGACAGCGGUUUCUAUGGGGACAGGGACGGCUUGCCAUCGAACCAUGCGAAGGAAAAUGGAUACAGGCCUUCAUCUAGGCAUCAUAGUCCACAGCGGCCGGGCGACGAGAUAUACAAUCCCAAAACGAGGAAACGAAGCAACACGACCGGCUCGGGAGCCACGUCGGAUUCAUACAGGUCACGGGGGGAUUUGUUCCCUAGUGGCGGCGAGGGAGAAGAGGACGCGGUACCCCUUGACGACGAGUUCACGAUAGCGCUUGAUCGCGUCGACGAUAAAAGCAGCGGCAAGACACGAAUCAGUAGUAAGAAGGGAAAGAGACGCGCAGGCUCUAGCGGCAAGGCACAGGGUAUAUCACGCAGCGUCUCGCGAACGACAAUAGCAUCCGAGAUGACUACAUCGUCAUCAAACCACUCCCACGUAUCUCUUGUGUCUUCUCCAGUACAGCUGCAGAAGCGGCCAAGCUUUGGAUCUGCGGAGGCUCCGCUUGUAGAGGAGGAAGCGACUAUCGUGGAAGACCCAAUGACACAGUCGCUUGAAGAUCUCCAUUACGAAGAGCAGAUGGCAGCGAGAGAAGAAGCCGAAGAUUUCGAGCGCAGGAGGGAGGCAGCAGCUCAAUUAGCGGCAGAACGUGGCCUUGGUGCUCGUCCAGAAGUCAACGCGCCCGGAAAGGGACAGCAUGCAGGUUUCGACGAUAUUCCGGACCCGCCUGAUAUAUCCGGGUCCGGCGUCACAAGUAAACCACUGCGCUGGAUUAUCUAA